AUGACGUCUAUAUCUCAUUCUCACUCUAAUGCCACGGUGGAGCUGCAGUAUCAGGGCUUACUGGAGAAGCUGAUGGUUUCCACUCUGUCUACUGUUCCCUCCUGUGUGUUCCUCUACGUUAAUGGGACCAUGUUGUUCUCUCUGAGGAGUAAACCGGUGUUUUGUGGGACUCCUCGCUACGUCCUCCUGUACAACCUCCUGUUUGCAGACACUGUGCAGCUGGCUCUGAGUCAGGUCAUGUAUAUUCUGGCUGUUUGCAGGGUGAAGUUACUGUAUCCUGUCUGUGGGUUUCUCAUUCUGCUCACUCAUCUCACCAGUGGGAUGUCUCCGCUUACUCUGGUUUUGAUGUCUCUGGAGAGAUAUGUAGCUGUGUGUUACCCACUGAGACACACCACCAUCAUCACCAUCAGGAACACAGCGGUGGCCAUCACAGCAGUGUGGGCCGUCAGUUCGCUGAAUAACCUCACUCGACUCCUUCUGUCUUUCCCAUUUCAGAAAUUGGGGAUUCUGCAGGUGAAAGAUCUUUGUUCUAAUAUAGCCGUGAUGCUUGGAUCUGUGUCUCGUGAAUAUGACGAAGCCUUCACCUGUGUUGUGUUUGUGUCGGCCGGCGUGGCCAUCACCUCCUCAUAUAUCAGUGUUGCAGCAGCAGCCAGGUCGGCCUCCGCAGACAAGACUUCGGCCCGUAAAGCUCGAAACACGCUGCUGCUGCAUCUGGUGCAGCUGGGCCUCAGCCUGUCCUCCACCAUCUACAACCCGCUGCUCAUCGCUCUGUCCAGAACCGUGACCAGGAUCGUGAUUGUGCGAAUCCAGAAUGUUUUUUACGUGUGUUUUGUCAUUUUACCCAGAUGUCUGAGUUCGCUCAUCUACGGACUCAGAGAUCAGAGGAUCAGGCCCGUCCUCAUCUACCAUCUCUGCUGCCGACUGAGACUAGUAAAAGGCAGCAGCCAGAGGCCUUCGUAA